AUGGCUACAAUCUAUAACCUUAAGCGUUAGAUAAAAGAUUAAACGAAUAUGAAAAUAUCCUAUGCAAAAAAGUACAAUAGUGUACUGAAAAAGGAACCUGCCAACACUUCUCCUUUAAUUCAGAUGAUAAUUUAAUUGCAAUAUCAAAAGGAAAUUAAUUUACAAUAUUCAACUAUAAUGGGGGAUUAAAAGAUAAUUUACAAAAUUGUGUCCAUCUAGGUUAGUAAAAAAACGAAUUUUAUACUUUCAGGAGGAAUGGAUAAUAUGAUUCGUCUGUGGGAAUAAUAACAAGAUCAAAAUCAAUGGAAAGAGAAAAUAUUUAAAAAUACAAGAAGUCCUAUUAGCUGUAUGAUAUUAAACAAAUAGGAAAAUAGUAUCAUUGUUGGUAAUAAAUAUGGUUACUUAUAAAUUUUUUAUCUAAAUAUUGAAAACUCUAUGAUUACAUUUACAAAUGAAAUACAACAUAUUCAUACAAAAGAGAUCUGUGGAAUUAGCCUUAAUCCAUCUUAAAAUAGAAUAAUUACUUGCUCAUUAGAUAAAAAAAUAGUACUUUGGAGAACAAAUGAAAAGGGAUAUCUGGAGAAUAUCGAAGAAAGUAAAAGAGAUAAUGCGAUCACUGGCAUAUUUUUUUUAAAUGAUAACAAAAUCCUUUUAGCUGAAAAUAAAAAAGGAUUGAUUCAAUUGAAGUUAGCAAAUGACAUAUUUCAGAAGAAUGAAUAAAUAAUAAUUCAAGAUGAAAAUGAGGAUAAUUAUUAUUUUCCAAUUUAAUAUAAUUAAAUAAGAAAGAUCCUCUUAAUAAAAUCUAAUAGAUGUAUUUAUAUAUUGAAAGAAUUAAAUAAUGAUGUCUAUGAAGAGAAAAGAAAAUUAGAAUUAAGAUCUAUAAAAAUAUACGGUACUUUAUCAACUAAUAGCAAGCACCUAGUCAUUUAUAAUGAAGAAUAAAUAUAUUCCUAUGUAUUAUUUGAAUGA